AUGUUCUUCAAGCUUAUCGGUCUCGCUACAUUUGCCCACCGAAUCGUCAUAUACAAAAAGAGAACGUCAUAUACAUUUCAAUAUUGCAAAUUAGGAAUCGCUUACAAUGUUGUGCUGAGUAGUUUAAUAAUAGCUUCGAACUAUAUGUCUAUACCAUUCAGACUUAAUAUGGACUACAGGAUCAAAACGAAUUUGACUGUAGGCAUCUCGAUUCUACAAACUGUACUAGGUGCCCUGGUGGUCUGCGUGAGUUUGAUUAGCUACUGUAUCAACCAGAAGUCCUUGGUGCGGAUCGCCAAUCGAUUAAUCACCGUCGAGCACGAGAUAGAUCAUCUGUAUGAUCUAUAUCAUCCGCUACGACGACAGCGUAUCUUCCGCACUACAAUCAUCGUUUGCAUCUUGAAGAUUUGCAUUCUGAUACUUCUCCAGUUUACUAAGAUUCUGAUCGCUCAUACAGGCCCAGUCUCAUUGCUGAUAGAUAUUCUGCCGACAUUUCACGUGGGUUGGCUACUGAUACAGUACUUCCUGUUAGUGACGGUUAUUCAGACAGAUUUCGCUGAUGUGAAUCGAGCGAUACAAAGUCUCACUUGGAUCAAUGCACCUGAUCUUCGACUGCAAUCUCUCUAUCAAACGCGUCGUAUCGUAUUCAACAAUUCGACCGUUCAUCAGCUAUUGCUACUGCGAGAUGUGCAUUGUCAUCUCUGUGAAAUCUCUGAGGAUGUGUCGAGUUUCUAUUCACUACCAAUAAAGAAAACGGGCAAUAUAGUGCAUGAUAUUUUAAACCAUGCAAUCGAGAAAGAGACAAAAGCAGAGCUCAAGAAAUUUUCAUUUCAAUUGCUGCAUCGCAAAAUACAGUUUACAGCUAACGGAUACUUUACGCUCGAUAAUACUUUUCUUCAUUCGCUGAUUGGCACAGUGAUGACAUAUUUGGUAAUACUUGUGCAGUUUCAACUGGGAAGCUCGCGUUCAUUGAUCACUCAGUAA